AUGAUGCAAAGUCGUAUGUCCAUUGCAGACCGCAUCAAGGACAUGUUCAGAAGGGCAGAAUCUGAUUACCCUUUACAUGCCUCGAUCUGCAACAACGACGUAUCAACCUUGCAAGAAGUGCUUGGUUCCCGCGAGGCUUCAUUUUUGUUGUUGGAUGGCGAUGGCUGUUGGGGGACUCCGCUACACGUGGCAGUCUAUUUGGAUAAUAUCGAGGCAGCAAAUCUGAUAUUGCAAGUUGGUGUUGGUGUCGACGUCACUGCCGAUUCCUCCGCACACGAGCAUCAAUUAUCACCACUAGCACUAGCUGCACGUCUGGGCAAUAAACGCCUGCUUUGGCGAUUAUGGCAGCACCUCCACUCACAAGAGAAAGAAAGCCUGGCAAAUGUUGACUCGUGUCUUUUUGAAGCCUCAAUCAACAGCCAAACAACUAUCUUACGUGCUUUAUUGAGUUGGAAGGAAUGGACAGCAGAAGCCAAAAGUGAAGCUCUGUUUUGGGCAGCACGGAGCUGGAAGGCAUAUUCUGCCCAACUCCUUACUACCCAACUAUCAUUUCCCCAAGAUGUUUUAGACAAGGCUCUGCAUCAUGCAGUGGGCUUCAGGCCUUUAAUUGGAGACGACUUCAAACUCGACUACAAUGGUGAUGAUUAUCUCCAGCAACAGCUUUUGAUCGCGCACUUGAUCGAUGCUGGAGCCAACCCAAACGCUAUUAUCAAUAGACAACCGCCAAUAAUUACUGCCGCUCGCUCUAGGGAAGUCAGCAUUGCACUUCCUUGGUUCACCAACCUCUUUAAACCGAGUGGACCAGUAGUGCGUUUGAACGAGACCGCGAUUCGUAUUCUUCUCAGUUACAAUGCCUCCGUUUCGCUGGGGGAUGAUGAGUCUGGAGCCAACCCUCUCCACGCUGCUGCUUUUGGCUCCAGCCUGAACAUGCUACAGUUGUAUCUAUCCUCUUGUCCCUCGGAGCAAACAAGUCAAGCAUCAAGAUCGAAGAACAACUUUGGCGAAACUUUACUACAUUACGCAGCUGCGGGAGCUAAGCGUGAUAUUAUCGAGUUUCUUCUCAGUCAAGGGCUUGAUGUCAAUGGUAUCAACACAAAUGGCUGGACACCCCUACAUUGCGCCUUGACCCCAGCGAGACAAGGCUCGCAACUAAACGGGUUCUCAAAGUCAACAUCUGAAGCUUUAGAAAUUGCAAAGAUACUUCUCCUUCACGGCGCCGACCCUCGUGCUGUUACAGUUGAGGGAUGGACGCCCCUGCAUUGCCUUUCCUUGUUCGCCGGCAAAAAGAAAGAAAAUACCGAACUUGGUCAGUUUGUGGAUAACAUGAUCCACCGUGGUGUUGAUAUACAUGCCCGCGCAACAUUUCUGUUUUGGAAUGAACUGGGCAAUGUAGAACCAAAGUAUCAUUACUGGGGUCACGAAGUCCAAGACAGCAUUCAGGAACCUGAGACCUCAGGGGCGAUAGUUCGGUUUGGUUACACUCCAUUGCAUUUCUCAGCUGCCCACGGUAGCAUAAGUAUGGCCAAGGCUUUACUUGACCUUGGAGCUGAUCCGCUUUCCAAAGAUGCGAGAGGAAAUACGGCAAUCAAGAUAGCGGCUAAUUCGUUAUUGUUGGACGAUCGCCCAAGUACACGAAAUGCUAUUGUAAAGCUUCUAACAGAGGCAGCAGUAACUUAA